AUGACUAUGGAAAGAGAAUUACCAAAAGAUCCAUUUUUAAUGGAUAAAGACACGGAUGAUGGAGUGAAAAAUAAAUAUUAUAAACAUGAUACAAUAGUGAAUUUGUAUAACGACAUCAAAUUAUAUGAUAAACAAGCUGAGGCUCAAGCCAGUGAGAUUGAUGAUAGUGUAGAUGUCGAGGUUCGAGAAGAAAUAUUAAAAUCAGCAAACACUAGUAAUCCAUCGAUGUUCAGACGUCCAGUUCUCUUAAUAGUGAUUCUUCUCAUAGCAGUGGCUAUUUUCAUUCUGUGUCCUUUCCUGCAACUGGCAAGCGAAGGCAGUGACAAUUCUUCAAGUGAAGAUAAUAAAACGUGGAGUUCAGAACGUACCGAUAUCUCAGACUCUGGAAGUUUAGUUCAGAUUAAUAAUUUAUGGGAUGGUUAA